ACCAUAUUCAUAAGUCAUAACAAGACUAGGAUUUAGAUAAUAAUCAUCUUAAAACGUCAUCGCUUUUAGGUGUUUCCUUCCCCCAACCUUAAGACACCUCUUUUCUCUAAACAAACCUCAACCAUCUCCAUUGGUCAAAUCUUCUCUCGUAAUAUAUCUCAUCUAUAUAUUUACACAGACACACGUAUAGACUUUUAAAAGAGCUUCAAGAAGAUCUUUCGUCAGUGAUGGAGGCAAUCACGAGUUUCAAGGAUCUACCAUUCUUCUUCUCAGUCUUCGUCUUCGUCUACCUCCUCGGUUACUUAUACGUCUUCCGCAGAUGGAGCCCAGCGUCUCGCCCCUUAGCCUCCAGCUGCUUAAUCUCCCUCCUCCACGGCGUCUCCGCCGUCUUCCUCGCCGCGCGCGCUCUCCUCUCCGAUCCUAACCGCGGCUUCUCCUCCCCCAACACCCAGUCCCAAAACUCCGUCCUCGACUUCAGCUCCGCUUAUUUCCUCGCCGAUCUCCUCCACCUCGCCGUCUUCCCCUCUCCCGCCGGCGGAGACGGGCUCUUCGCCGCGCACCACGCCGCCGUGCUAUUCGUCUUCCUCACGUGCCGGUACCUCGUCGCCCACGGCGCGUGCGCUCUCCUCGCGCUCCUCAUCGUCGCCGAGGCGACGAGCGCGUGUCAGAACUCGUGGACACUCGCGGACGCGCGCGGUCCCGACGCUCCUCUCGCGGUGAGUCUGCACCGUUUCGUCACGGUGCCGUUUUACGCUUCGUACAGCGUUUGCAGGUGCGUUCUGGCGCCGAUGCUUAUCGUUAAGAUGACGUGGUUUUACGUCAGUGGAGGGGCUGAUGACGUCAUACCCAGAUGGGUUUGGGUGUCGUGGACCGUCGUUAUUGUCGUUGCCGUUUCCGUUAGUGUUCUUUGGAUUCGGAAUUUGUGGGUACUAUUCUUCAAAGAAAAAAGAAAUUCUAAAAUUGCUAAAAAGAUUCAAUAAAAAUUUAUACUUUUGAUUUUUCC